AAGAAAUGGACACCCUCCCAGAGUUUAGUUUUGAGUACAACCAAGUCUUCCCACAGUGGGACUUUGCCAGUAAUUAUAAUGAGCUAGACAAGUUUAGCGAGAAGUAUGGAACUGUAGAGCAAGAAUUUGAUGAUAAUUCGCAGAAGAAGAUGUUUAAUUUACAGGAACUGGAAGAUGUUAGAUUACAGAAAUUUAAUAAGUCUUCUGUCAAGAAUAUUGAUUGUUUGAGGAAAAACCCACGUAGAAAGAUCCAGGACUUCUUGGGCGAAUCUUCUUUGAAACUCAGACAUACUCUUGACCCCUCCCUCUUUUGUUCUGAAAAAGGGAAAUACUCUGAAAGGAAAGAUAUCGUUCUAAAAGCAGUAAUGAGAGCAAUCAGGAGGUUCUAUAUGAAUAUUUUCAGAGUCCGAUACCCUUCCUUGCUUUUAUUGAGAAUAAUAAAUGUUUCUCAAGCAGAGCUUACGAGAGCAGUUGAAGAUAUGUGAUUGAGCCUAUUUCCAGCAGAUACAGUACAAAAGUAUAAACUCAAUAUCUUCAUGCAAACGUUGCUGGAUCUCAAACCUCCAUCACAAAAUGAAGAGUUUAAGGAGGUUUUCAAAAGCGCCAGCUCUAUUUUAAAAUGCUGAAAAAGUUUUUCAUCAACUCUAUUUGACAAGGUUUGUUCGGAUCCAUGACUACAAAAAAUAUGCCAAAAAAUCCAGACAAAUUUUGAGGAUGAAUUUCUGGCCACUCUCAAGAACAAGGAACAAAAUCUGGACCGCUAUAAAAAAGUACUAUAUAGUCUUUGCUAAUAAAAUAAAUUACACACAAA